GUAGUCGAUGCAGAGACGAAGAGUUUCAUCCGCUUUGCGAGCAAAGAGGACGGGUGCACCCCAUGGGGAGUUGCUGGGUUUAAUGAAACCCAGUCUCAAGAGCUCCUCAAGCUGACGCUUGAGUUCGGUGGCCUCGAGGAUCGAGAGUCUGUAGGGUGCCUGGUGAUGAACACGAUCGUCAGGCACGAGCUGAAUGGAGUGCUCGACGUCUGGCAUCGGUGGGAUACCGGCGUAUGAGAACGACGAUGGGAAAACGUCGUGGUACUCUCGGAUGAGGUCACGAACUGCGGGCUCCAAGUCAUUCGUAUAUCGUGCGAGUUUCUCAGCGUCAGCGUCAGCGCUCGACGGAGGGGUGGACUCGACGGAUGGCGGAGGGACGGAAGUAGAGAUAGGAGCCAUGGAGAUAGAGGGAGGAUCUGGCUCCAGACGGAUGAGCUCGGCGUCGGGACAGGGUGGAUCAUGGUGUACGAGAUCCGUCACGAUCACCAUAAAGAAGGUGACGUCGUCCUGUCGAAUGAAGUGAGCGAACAGCCGAGGCGAGGUGACAAUGAGAGAGGGAGAUGGUGUGGGCACUGAAGGCUCCGGGGGAGGAGGAUUGGGGCGUGGUGUCGCGAUACGUCUGUCCACACUUCGUUUUGAGAAUCAGAGUGUUGGUCGCCCAAUCGGCCUCGGUGCUGCGGAACCGACGAGACCACGGAGUGCCGAGAAUGAAGUCGUACCCCGUCU